AUGACGCCUCCCCCACACGCUCUCGUCAUCCCCUACCCGGCGCAGGGACAUGUCAUCCCGCUCCUGGAGCUCGCGCACGCGCUCGUCGACAGGGGCUUCACGGUCACUUUCGUAAACUCCGAGUUCAACCAACACCGUGUCCUUGCAGCCAUGACGGACACGACUAAGAACGGCAGCGCCGGGCUGCUGGACCGUAUCAGGCUCGUGGCGGUGCCGGACGGCAUGGAGCCUGGUGAGGACAGGAACAACCUCGUCAGGCUGACCCUCCUCAUGGCAGAGCACAUGGCCCCGCGGGUGGAGGACCUCAUCAGCCGAAGCCAUGACGGGACGGAGGGCGCGGACGGCGGGCCGAUUACGUGCAUGGUGGCGGACUACAACCUCGGGACGUGGGCACUCGACGUCGCGCGGAGGACCAGGAUAAAGUCGGCGGCCGUCUGGCCGGCCUCCGCCGCGGUGCUGGCGAGCCUUCUGAGCAUCCCCAAGCUGAUUCAGGACAACAUCAUCGACUCGAAAGAUGGGUCAGCACUGACGGAAGACACGUUCAAGCUGUCCCCCGACAUGCCCAUCAUGCGUGCCGCCCACCUCGCGUGGAACUGCAUCGGUGACCACCAAGGACAGCAGGCACUCUUCCGGUAUCUCAUCGGCGGCAUCCGCGCAGUUGAGAAGUGCGACUUCAUCCUCUGCAACUCCUUCCUCGGCGCCGAGGAGGCGACAUUCGCGCAGUUUCCCAAGGUCAUCCCCAUCGGCCCGCUCCUCACGGGGGAGCGCCGCGGCAAGGCGGUGGGGCACUUCUGGCGGCCCGAGGACGAAGCGUGCAUCUCGUGGCUCAACGCGCAGCCAACGAGGUCCGUCGUGUACGUCGCCUUCGGCAGCUUCACCAUGUUCGACACGCGCCAGUUCCAGGAGCUCGCGCUGGGGCUGGAGCUCUGCGGCCGGCCGUUCCUCUGGGUGGUGCGUCCGGACCUCGUGCACGGCGACGUCCGCGACUACCCUCAAGGUUUCCUUGACCGCGUCAGUGCCAGCGGCCGCGGCAUGGUGGUGGCGUGGUCGCCGCAGCAGCAGGUGCUGGCGCAUCCUGCGGUGGCGUGCUUCGUGUCGCAUUGCGGAUGGAACUCGACAAUGGAGGGCGUCCGCAACAGGGUGCCGUUCCUGGCGUGGCCAUACUUCGCCGACCAGUUCAUCAACCAGGUGUACAUCUGUGACGUCUGGAAGGUCGGGCUCCGGGCCCAGGCCGACGAAUCGGGCGUCAUCACCAAGGAGUACAUCGCGACUAGGGUGGAGGAGCUGAUGAGCGGCGCGAGCAUGAGGGACAGGGUGGAGGGCAUGAAGAAGGUUGCGCUUGAGAGCUUGAAGGAGGGGGGCUCCUCCCACGACAACUUCGACAUGUUUGUUCAGGCUAUGAAGGCAUGA